AUGGCGGAGGGGGAAGCCGAGGGGAGAAGCCCCCUCCCCCGCAGCGUCUCCUUCCAGCGGCUGGAGCGCUGGCUUGGAUGGCCCGACGCCGCGCCGCCCCCCAGCGCCGGGGCGCAGCAGCAGCAACACCAAACGCCAACGCCGGAGCCCGUCGGGCGGCGAUCGCCCGGCCGCGCCGCCUCGUUCAGCGUCUCCCGCAACGUCGCCAAGCUCGCCACCUCCUCCUUUCCUCCGGAGCUUCCUCCUCCUCCUCCUCCGCCGUCGGGCAGCCGAGCCCUGCGCAGCCUCUCGCCCUCGGAGGAGGAGGCGGCGGCGGCCCCCGCUUGCGGCGGAGGGGCCGCCCAAGAGCCCCCCGAAGAGCCGUCUCCGUCUCCCUCCCCGCGGGGCUGCAAGGGGCCGAGCGAGCCGCCCAAGGCCGGCGAGGCGCCGUCGGACUGGCCGCGCGUCACCGAGAUGCGCAAACUUUUCGGCGAGAGUUUCCGACGGCAGCAGCAGCAGCAAGAGGAGGAGAGCGGAGCGCGCCCGGCGGCCAAGGACUCGGGCCCCGACGGCCAGCCGGAACGCUGCAAAAGCCCGCCGCCCCCGCCGCCGCCCCGCAGCUGCAUCCCCUUUCGGACGCACCGGCUGCCCGGCCGUGCCCCCCGAGCCGAGACGGCCAGGCCGCCGCCGCCGCCGCAACUGUGGGAUAGUUUACAUUCCUGGCAUAGCUCUCCCAAGCCCGCACCCCCCAGCGCUGCCUGGACCUCCUCUGCCGCUUCUGCGCCUUCCACCGCCGCCGGCUGCAGCUCGGUGCCAGGGGAGAGCUCGGGCAGGCAGGAAGCCCAGGUGCCCAGCCUGGACCAGCGCCCUCCGGCCGCCUCUGCCGGCGGCAACGGCUGGCACCCCAGCCCGGAGAGGUCUUCGGGGAGUGAGGAAGACGAGGACCGCCUGGCACUGCCCAGGGAACGCUCCUCCAUCGAAGAGCCAGGGUUUUCGGAGCAGGGCCCGGGUGGCGAUGGGCUGGCGGGCAUGGAGUGGCAUCGCAAGGCUCAGGAGGACCUCUCCGGGGACCUCGCCCUGCUGGCCGAGCCAAGGACUAGGCCGUUCUUCCAGACCAAGAGGCUGGCAGGCGACAGCACCCCCCUCGUGGCCUCCCCCGGGGAAGCCAGGCCGGCAGGCGGCCUCGAGGGGCAUCGGCCCUUUGUCCGGGGGCUUUCAGAAGGUGGCGGCGCCCCUCCCGCCGGCCCCCCCCCACCCCUGUCCUCCGCCUCUCCCCUCCCUCAAGUUUCCAGGGUCGCCAAAGUCAACAUCCCCCCUUUUGUGCCCAGCCCGUGUGGAUCCAGGAGCAGCAGCAGGUAUUCCAGCACCGAGACCCUGAAAGACUUCCGAUCGCCCAGCUUCAGCCAAAGUGAGAGCCUCGCCAGGUUGCAGGCCCAGGUCCGGACCCGUCCGAAGGUGCCGUCGGGGAUCGUCCGGACGAAAGCUGACCUCCCUGGCUACGAUCCCCUUUAUCGCUGUGGUGGCGAAACUGCGGAGAAGCCCAGACAUUUGAAGUCCAUGUCCAACCCUGACAUUGCAAGCGAGACCCUGACCCUCCUUACCUUCUUGAAAUCCGACCUGUCGGAACUGAAGGCAAGAAAGAUGGGCGGCCGGUUGAGCGACCAAGAAGAGGCAACUUUGAGCGGCACCAGCAGGUACGAAAGCGGCCACCCUGCUGCCGCUGGGCACCAGCCGGCGGGCGGAGCCCAUAGUGAGGUUCAGCCGCCCACCCGUUGGGCUCUAGGCAACCGGCCGACUCUGAAGGAUCUCACGGCGACUCUGCGGCGGGCCAAGUCUUUUACCUACUCGGAUAAACCACCACCUCGCAGGCUCUUCUACCAGAGUCCCAUGAAGCAAAGCUCCUCAGAGCUCCUGCUGGCCACGGGCAGGGACCACGAAGGUGCGUUUUCCGAUGGCGAGAUUGGCCGGGACGUGGAUGACGGGAUGCCUGUGGUCAUCCAGGACCAAUACAUUCAAGAAGCGAGGCAGGUCUUUGAGAAAAUAAGUAAGAUCGGUUCCCAGAAUGACUAUAGCUUUGGCUUGGACCAGAAGGAUAGCGGGAACUUGAAAGAGGGAGGAGAGGAUGAAAAACUUUUGGGAAGGCCAGAAGGUAGCCGCGAACACAGCUUGGACAAAGCCGAUUCGGAAGGGGACAACUCGUGCAGGAAAUCCUUGGAGGAACUCUCAGGUCGCGAGUCCAGCAUGAUGGAUGAAGGCAUCGUAACCGAGCUAGAGACGUGUCCUGCCUAUAGGUAUCUCGAUGCGUCAGUCGCGGCAUGGAGGCUAGCGAACCAAAGAGAAAAUGAAGCUGGCUUGGCUGAGUUGAAGGGGCUGCAUCUCCCAAGUCAUGUGUCCAAAGCAAAUCAAGAGAAGGCCGCUUUCGUUGACGAGGCCCUUCCCAAGACGGUCCCCCAAGGGCUGUCUGAGGCACCGUCGACUCCUGGUGCCCUGCGGCGCCGGCGGAAGUUUCCAUCUGUUGGAAACAGUGGCUCCGAGUCCAGCAAUGGAAGCAGCGGGGAAUCCAAUGGCGAGACCUACAGAUCCUUGAGUGACCCCAUGCCCCACAGAAGGCGCUCGAUCACGGAGGAUUCCAAUAAUUUUUCGGUCGAUAGUAACUUCCUGGGGUCACUGAAUUCCAAGCCGGGCAUCCCGGAGUCCUCCGCCGUCGCCCUGUCCGAGUGCACCGGAAGCGCGGCCAGCGACUUGUCCGUCUGCAGCGACGGCGUCAAGGAUUAUAGCACGGUGAUCCAGAACAUUGUCAGCCUGCCCGGGGCCAUGGACCGAGUGAUCGACGAGAAGGGGAACGGCAAGACCAUCAAGAAGAAAUCCUUCAGCGACCCCAGCCGCCGCAGCGAGUUAGCCAGCUCGGCCUUCGAGGGCCCCGGAGAAGCCAUCAGUGAGAUGGACCAGGUCAUCCCUCCGUCCAGCAGCGAACCCAUCCUCUCGGAACGAGAUCAGAUGAUGGGCAAGGACCAGGACGCGAGGAAGCUGUACUCUCAGUCUGAGCACGUCCUGACGGCCCCACCGGAGGGCGACACGAUGGAGGCGGCCCAGAACUAUGGCUUCGAUCCCAAGUUGGCGGAAGUCCUGUCCCCCAGGAUCGUCCGCCGUAGUUCCAAGAAGCGCACCAACAGGGUCAAUGGCCACGAGAACAGACAAGACGAGGCCGCCCCGUCCACCGCCUUCCCUGCCACUUUAGGGACCACGAGGCCAGCCUCCAAGCAUGUCCGCCACACCAGUGAGCCCGCCACCUUUAUCCCUAUCUCCGACGUCAACCCGCCUGCUUCUCUGAACCUGAAUGCCCACGCCGCCAUGCCGGAAUCCUCUCGUCUGCCCGCGAAACCGUACCCGGUUCUCCAAGCGCCAUCAUUGGAGGACGUCACCAAGCACUACAUGUUGACCCUUCAUUCGGGGGAACCGUCCCCCGCUAACACUGUGGAUAUGCCUAGAUCUUCGCCGGCCACGCCGACCACCUCGGAGCCCAGGUUGCCCAGAUGUUCAAAGCAUCACGAAGAGCCAAGCGCCAGGAGCAAGCCUCAAGUG